AUGAAGUCUGCCGUUCUCCUCGCUGCCGCUUCCGCCCUGGUGUCUGGCGUCUCUGCGGCCGCUAUCGAGAGGCCAUCCAAGGUGCUGCAGGCCCGCGCCACCACCAUCUGCGGGCAGUGGGAUUCCGUCGCCACCGGCGCCUACACCGUCUUCCAGGACCUGUGGGGCGAGGCCCAGGGCACCGGCAGCCAGUGCACCACCAUCGACAGCGUUGCCGAUGACACCAUUGCCUGGUCUACUUCGUGGUCCUGGUCCGGCGGUUCCAACCAGGUCAAGUCGUAUGCCAACGCCGUGGCCACCAUUGCCAAGAAGCAGAUCUCGGCGAUCAGCAAGAUCCCCACCACCUGGAACUGGAGCUACUCUGGGAGCAACAUCGUCGCCGAUGUCUCUUACGACUUGUUCACCUCCUCCACGGCCUCUGGCUCGAACGAGUACGAAAUCAUGAUCUGGCUCGCUGCCCUCGGUGGUGCUGGUCCCAUCUCGUCCACCGGCUCCACCGUUGCCACACCGACCAUUGGUGGUGUCAGCUGGAAGCUCUACAGCGGCCCCAACGGCGACACUACCGUCUACAGCUUCGUUGCCGCCACCGAGCAGACUAGCUUCUCCGGUGACCUGCGCGAAUUCUUCACCUACCUCAUCGCCAACGAGGGAUUCCCUAGCACUCAGUUCCUGCUGAGCGUCGGUGCCGGCACCGAGCCCUUCACUGGCUCUGACGCCGUCCUGACCGUCUCGGCCUACAGCCUCAGUGUCACCGACGGCACCGCUACCUCUGCUGUUUCUUCUGUGGCCGCCAGCACCGUCGCUGUCUCGACCAAGGCUGUUACCACCGCCUCAGCCUCGACCAAGCCCUUGACCACCGGCUCCUCCCCGUUCAAGUUUGGCAGCAGCGGCCCGUUUGUCGGCACCAACCACGCCGUCAACUCUUCUGCCGUCUUCUCCAACUUCACCACCGGCGUUGCCUCCUCGGCCGCCCGCACCCAGCCGACUGUCUCUGCGGUUGCUGUCUCGGCUGCUCGCACUAAGCCGACUUCUUCGGCCGUCUCGUCUGCCAGCACGGAGCCGACUGUCGCCGUUGUCACCUCGGCUGCUCGCACCAAGCCGACUUCCUCUGCGGUUGUCUCUUCUGUUAGCACGGAGCCGACUGUUGCCGUCGUCACCUCGGCCGCCCGCACCCAGCCGACUGUUUCUGCUGCUGUCUCGGCUGCCCGCACCCAGCCGACUACCUCUGCUGCCGUUUCGGCUGCCCGCACCCAGGCUACUGCCGUCUCUGCUGAGUCUGACUGCGAGAGUGCCUCUGUCACCGUCACCGUCACGGCUACACGGCCCCUAUCCACCGCCGUGGCUACUGGCUUCGCUCAGACCAACGGCACCUUGGUCCCUCACUACUACCAGUGCGGUGGCUCCAACUGGAACGGCUCGACCACCUGUGUCACCCCGUACACCUGCAAGCUGUGGAACCCCUACUACGCCCAGUGCGUGUAA